AUUUGGAAUGCUUGAUUUUACCACAAAAUAUUAAUAUGUUAUUUAAAUUUUGUAAAAGUAUCCUUUCUUGCACAAAGAGAAAUAUUUAUUCAUUAAGAUCCGACACAAUUUUUGCAUUAUCCUCUGAAAUUGUCAGUCUUGGACAUUUUAUGAAAGAUACAGUGAAAACUACCUACCUUUGAGGAUAAGAAAACAAUAAAAUUAUCGAAAAAAAUAUCAUUUAUCAAGGGAUGCUUAGUAAAAAUCCAAUGUUUAAAAAUCUUUGAAGAAAAUUCAGAAAAACAUAAUUCUGAAAAUCAUAGUCUAAUAAUUAAAAAAAUGUAUGAGUAUUAAUAAUAUGUGUUGCUGCCUCUAGCACUUAGAAUUUCUUGGAGCCAGUUAGGCCAUCUAUUCAUGAUAUCCUAGAUAUCAGAUUGUGGGAUAUUGUGCCACUCCUCUACCGCAGCCCUUGAGGUCUCUGAAGGAUAUAGGGGCUGGUGCUCUUAUCCAUUUUUGAGGUCCCAGUUUUCAAUUAGGUCAAGAUCGUGACUACAUGCUGGCCAUGGUAAAACUUGAAUCCCAACCUCAUUAAGGCACUAAGGUAAAAUUGAAAGAAAUACAAGUGUGGCGGUUAAUUGUGCUGGUCAUGGUAAGUGUGGUGUUGCAGUAAUUCGGGUAUCUGGUUCAAAUUCUGAAACAGCCCUUAAAUUAAUGACUGGUUUAUCAUCAACUCCAAUGCCAAGAACAGCUAUUUUAAAAAGUAUUAAGAACCCUAUAAAUGGAGAAGUGAUUGACAAAGGGUUGGUAUUGUGGUUUCCAGGUCCAAAAAGUUUUACUGGUGAGGACAGUGUGGAAUUUCAAGUUCAUGGAGGUGUUGCAAUUAUCAACGCUGUCUUAGAUUCAUUGGGAACAAUUUCCAAUUUGAGAUUGGCUGAACCAGGAGAAUUUACUAGAAGAGCUUUUUUUAAUGGAAAAUUAGAUCUAACUGAAGUCGAGGGUUUAGCAGAUUUGCUUCAAGCUGAAACUGAAGCACAAAGAAAGCAGGCAUACCUACAAUCGCAAGGUUCGUUGAGCAAACUAUACAACAAAUGGAGGACGACUCUCAUUCGCAACGUAGCCCACGUAGAAGCCCAUAUAGAUUUCGAAGAAACAGAAACAAUGGACUUUGGCAUCAUUGACUCAGUUAAACAUGAUAUUCAAAAGUUGGUUAAAGAUAUUGAGACACAUUUAGCUGAUGGAAGGAAAGGUGAAAUUUUGCGUUGUGGUGUAAGAACUGUAAUUUUGGGAGAGCCGAAUGUUGGAAAAAGCAGCCUUCUGAACUUGCUAUGUCAUCGUCCAGCAGCGAUAGUCACUCCUAUCGAAGGUACCACCCGCGAUAUUCUAGAAGUAACUUUAAACAUCGGUGGAUAUCCCCUGGUAUUGGCAGAUACGGCUGGCCUCAGGUCAGAUUCAAUAGAUGUCGUUGAAAAAGAGGGAAUUAGUAGAGCUCUACAACUAUACGAAAAGUCUGAUCUUGUAAUUUUAGUAGUUGAUUCGGAGAGAUAUUUGCGAUGGAAAAAUGAUCAUGCAGAUUUGAGUUUUAAAGACUACCUUGUAGAUUAUUUAGAAAAAUUGAAAUUGUCGGAUCUUCUUAAAAGUACAAAUACUAGUGAUAUACAUUUUAAUAAGCAAUGUAUAUUGGUUUUUAAUAAAGCUGAUCUCUCUGAAGAAAAUAUUGAUGUUGACAUGAAGACCUGUGUGAGCAUUUCCUGUAUUACUGAGUCUGGUAUUCCUACGCUGAUAGAAAGCAUUUCGUCGCAUCUAAAAGACUUAUGUGGAGAACCAACCGUUGAGCAUCCCAGUAUGAACCAGAUUAGGCAUCGACAGCAUCUCACUGAUUGUUUGAAAUAUUUAAGGUUAUUUAUUAAGAGUAGCGAUAAUCAUAAUCAAGAUUUAGUCAUAAUGGCGGAACAUCUAAGACGAUCACUAAAACAUUUGGGAAAAUUAUUAGGGAAAGUUACCACAGAAGAUUUAUUGGAUGUAAUUUUUAAAGAUUUUUGUAUUGGUAAAUAAUGUGUCCGAUUAAAUACGUUUUUAGAA